GAUAAAGUCUAAUUUAUGAAAUUAUCCUAUUGGAUGUACGCUGGUCCUGCUCAUAUUGGAACCCUACGAGUAGCUAGUUCUUUCAAAAAUGUGCAUGCCAUUAUGCACGCUCCUCUAGGAGAUGAUUAUUUCAAUGUAAUGCGUUCUAUGUUAGAACGCGAAAGAGAUUUUACUGCUGCAACUGCUAGCAUAGUAGAUCGUCACGUACUAGCACGUGGAUCUCAAGAAAGAGUUGUGGAUAAUAUUCUCCGGAAAGAUAAAGAGGAACAUCCUGAUCUUAUCAUAUUGACACCUACAUGUACCUCUAGUAUUUUGCAAGAAGAUUUACAGAACUUUGUGAAUAGAGCAUCCAUAAUUUCUGAUUCCGACGUAAUUUUUGCAGAUGUUGAUCAUUAUCAAGUAAAUGAAAUUCAAGCAGCGGAUAGAACUUUAGAACAGGUGGUUCGAUAUUAUUUAGAUAGAUGUCAUAGACAAGAAAAAUGGGAUCAAUUUCUAACCGAUGCGCCUUCUGUCAAUAUAAUUGGAAUUUUUACAUUGGGUUUUCAUAAUCAACACGAUUGUCGUGAGUUAAGACGUUUAUUACGAGAUUUGGACAUCCAAAUUAAUCAAAUAAUUCCUGAAGGAGGAUCUGUAGAAGAGCUUAAAAAUUUACCAAAAUCUUGGUUCAAUUUAAUUCCUUAUCGUGAAGUGGGCUUGAUGACAACAAUGCAUUUAAAUAAAGAAUAUGGUAUGCCUUACAUAUCUACAACUCCCAUGGGAGCUGUAGAUAUGGCGGAGUGGAUCCACCAGAUUCAAAAAAAUGUGAAUACCUUGGCUCUUAGUUCAUCCAGUAAAAGAGUGGAUUAUGAACCUUAUAUCGACGAACAGACUCGAUUUGUUUCCCAAGCUGCUUGGUUUUCAAGAUCUAUUGAUUGUCAGAAUUUGAUGGGCAAAGAAAUAGUUGUUUUUGGUGAUACAACGCACGCUGCUUCAAUCACUAAGAUACUUGUUCGAGAAAUGGGGAUUCGUGUGAGUUGUGCAGGUACUUAUUGCAAACAUGAUGUGGAAUGGUUCAAAGAGCAAAUUCAAGGUUUCUACGAUGAAAUACUGAUCAUAGAUGAUCAUGCUGAGGUAGAAGAUAUGAUCGCUCACAUGGAACCAUCUGCAAUAUUUGGUACUCAAAUGGAACGUCAUAUUGGUAAACAUCUUGAUAUUCCUUGUGGAGUUAUUUCUGCACCAGUUCAUAUACAAAACUUUCCCUUGGGAUACCGACCCUUUCUAGGUUACGAAGGUACUAAUCAAAUAGUUGAUCUAGUUUAUAACUCAUUUGCUCUAGGUAUGGAGGACCAUCUUCUAGAUAUUUUUGGUGGUCAUGAUACUAAAGAAAUAAUAUCCAAAUCAUUGUCUACGGAUAUAGGCCUAAUUUGGAAUCCUGAAAGUCGACUAGAAUUAAGUAAAAUUCCUCGUUUUGCCAGAGAAAAGGUAGAAAGAAAUACUGAGAAAUUUGCACGACAAAAGGGGAUUGAAACCAUUACUGUCGAAGUAAUGUACGCAGCUAAAGAAGCGUUGAAUACCUAGCUCACUAGA